UCCAUCACCCUCUGCCAGAGUAUUGAAGUAUUUAUCCUUGAAAUAAGUUCAUGUGACAUAUACGGUAUAAAAACAACCAACUGUAAAAAAGAGCUGAAUGUGACACCACAGUUGAAUGAAUAAAAAGCCUUACCCAUCAAGCAUUCUUUUCAUAUAGAGUUGAGAGAAUGGGAGUUAUGAGAAUCCUCUGCUUACUGAUAUUUGCCUUGAGCUUCUUCAUCCAUGUUUCAGCUAUUAAGCAUGAGAAGAAGCUUCAAUCUGCAAUGGUUGUUGGAACUGUUUACUGCGACGCAUGCUUUCAUCAGGAGUUCUCAAAGACAAGCCACUUCAUCUCAGGUGCUUCGGUUGCGGUAGAAUGCGGAGAAGCAGGACUUAAACCCGUUUUCCGGAAGGAAGUGAAGACGAACGAACAAGGAGAAUUCAAAGUCCAUCUACCUUUUGCAGUUGGAAAACAUGUAAAGAUGAUAAGGAGAUGUUUGGUGAAGUUGGUCAGCAGCAGCGAGCCUUCCUGUGCAGUGGCUUCCAUAGCUACUUCAUCUUCGCUCAGUCUUCUCAAGUCAAGAAAGAAAGGAAUUCAUGUUUUCUCGGCUGGUUUAUUCACCUUCAAGCCUAUGAAACUACCAGAAUUCUGCUACCAACAGCCUAGUUCUACACCCAUGUCGAAAUUCUCACCUUUGGAUGAUGAAAGAACAAGCCGCCCAGAGUUCUUUUCUUUCUUUCCACCCAUCAUACCAUCACCGCCACCUUUUGGAAUUCCGUUGCCACCUAAUCCAUUGCAGCCGCCACCACUUCUGCCUCCACUCCCAUUUGUGCCCCCACCACCGCCAUUCAUUAAUAUUCCUCCACUACCAUUUUUAACUCCACCACCACCACCACCAUUGUUUCCUCCACUUCCACCCUUUCCCCCACUUCCACCCUUUCCUCCACUUGCACCGUUUCCUCCACUUCCAUCCUUUACUCAUCCUCCUCCACCUCCGCCACCGCCACCACCAUUCCUCCCAUUCCCACCUCUACCCCCCAUUUUCCCUGGUAUUCCCCCAGCUUCUCCUUCAAAGAAAGCCUUUCCUUGAUCAAAUUGCAUAGUUUUUUUUUGGCUAAUUAUUGCAUAAGAAUAACUAUUACUAGUAGUGUAUGGAGUUUUCUAAACCCAUAUGCACCUUAUUUCUCUGGGAUAUCAAUGUAAUAAAGGUCGUAAUGCUACAGAAAUCAUUACAUAGGGCAUAGGGGGG